UAAUAUUUAAGGGAAUAUUAUGCCUUAGUUGAAACGCCCGGGUUAAUAGAUUGCACCACUUUCCAUACAUUUUGUUUUCAUGUCUUAAAAGUACUGUACUGUCAGUACUGUCACCCACAUGAGGAUUUCUUUACUAUUCCUUUCACAGUUUGUCAAUAAUAUUAUUUUGACGCGUUGUGAAUUUCUUUUAUAUUCACUUUGAAAUAAUUCUUGGUCUUGUAAUUUUAACAUACCUGACUUGACUAAUAAAGCAUUUAUUUUAGAGGCGAGUGCCAAUUAAAAUUCUCAACACCAAGUACCUAAUAUGAAUAGAUCUAGACGAAAUGAGGACUAUUCCGAAGACUCACCCCCGCAUUCAAGGUUAUUUAUUGUUUGUGAAAAGCGAUACAAUGAGGAGGAUUUCAGGGAAGCUUUCUCAAAAUUUGGUACUAUCGAGGACAUACGAAUGCCGCGUGACCAUAGAACAGGAGAAAUGAGAGGUGUCGCUUACUUAAAGUUUUCUAAAACUACCGAAGCAGCAGCUGCGAUAGAAGCUAUGCACAGGAAAACAAUCAUACCACAAACUCGCCCGCUUAAAGUGAUGGUAGCUACAAAUAGAUCUGACAUACACACUGAAGACAACAAUGACGACAAAUUUAAACGGCUUUUCAUAACUAUCCCUUACAUAAUGACAGAAAAUGAUAUUCACGAAGCUUUCAGUCCUUAUGGUCACGUCGAGUCGGUUGUAGUGCAGAGAGACCGUAAAACAGGUGAACCUAAAGGCUUUGCUUAUGUCACAUUUAAUAAGUUUUCUGAGGCUGCAACUGCUUUUGAACAAUGUGAUAGAAAGUUCCGCGCCAUAUUUGCAAUGCCGAAAGGUUCUUAUAACAGGAGGUCUGAAACGGCCUUCGAAAGUAAAAUUAAUGAUUUGGCUAACCCACCAAGUCAUAGUAAUUCACUUGUGGCAGCAAUGAACUCUACUCCUAGGGGUUACACUCGGGUUGACUUCAUGUGUUGUCCUCAUCUAACCCAUAAGCACGUAGAAACAUUGUUUGAUAUUGUACCUGGCUUGACAGACUGCCGGUACUAUGUUGAUAUGAUGCGUAACUUUGGGAAAGGUACUGCAUCCUAUUCAAAUCCAGUGUCCGCUGCAUAUGCAGUCGACAAGUUAAAUGAAUUUGAAUAUCCUCCAGGUAUGAAGAUUUUUGUUAAGCCUGAUAAAUCUGAGUUUGACAACUUCAUGCAAUCCUACACAAAUGUGUCUAAUGUUACACGUAAUCUCAAAAAAGCUAUACAAUCUGCAAAUACGUCUUCCCCUGACUUGGCUCAGUUAGCUGAAGCUAUUGCGGAAGCUUCCAAACUAAUUAAAUUGGCUACGACUGGAGUCUCUGAUGACCAUGCCCUCCAAAGUAAUGACUUGAACUAUUGCAGUGUGAAGCUUCCGCCUCCUCAACCAUUGGCCGACAUUGACUCUGAAGUAGCUAAGAGGUGUUUCCUAGUCUGCAAGCCUCAGCCUCCACCCCUGACUGUUUUACGUGAUAUAUUCUGUAGAUUUGGUGACCUUAUAAAUGUGUACACAUUGCCUAAUAAGACUGUAGGGUAUGCUCGCUAUGCUUCAGAGAGAGCUGCUAAUGAAGCAAUGAGCGUAUUGCAUGGUGCAGAGGUUUGUGGUGUGCGGAUAAAGGUUUUAGAGGCAGAGGACGAAGCUCCUGCCAAGAAAAGGAGAUUGGGAUGGACUAAAGGUGGACAGGACGACUGACUUGACGGUCCCAACCCUUGGACAAAGUGAAGGACACUAAUUUCAUGGACUACUAUUAAUUGGACAAUGUAGUGUGGACAAAUAAAUACUUUUAUGUUACCAA